AUGUCUAACCCUAUAACGAGAAAAAGCAAAAGAAUGAAAAGACGUGCAAAUGCCAUGGAAGAGGAAGAUGAGAAGUUUUCAGAUGAUGAAAACAAUAUGGACCCCAAUGCAAUGGAAGAGAUCAACGUCGACCUUUUCCUUGAAAACCAAAGUCAAAACGAUUAUUCUGAAAUCGUCAAUUUUUUGAUUCACUCUUCCCUUAAAUACGUUGGGAUGAACCUCUACGCGUUGACAGACGUUUUAUUAACGACUGAAUGUGGUUCGAUAAUCAAAACCGAAACGGACAAAUAUGGCAUUGCGAUUCCUCUCGAGCUCCAGAAAAUGCCAUCUGAUAUAGUUUCUCCUCUUUCCCAUUUCAUUACCGAGACCUUCAAAACGAGAUGUCCAGAGAAACUUCAAUUAGUCCAAAACGUGUUGAGUGGAGCAGAUGGGAGGACGGUGUUCAUAGUUAAUGAGAGGUUGGUCAAUUGCCCUUACGACUUGACUUCGUUGCUCCACAACACGAUCUAUGAGGAAAUUGGUAUUUACGAUAAAGAGCAUAACAUCACAGAACCAGUCAAACACUUCAUAUUAUUGGCGUCUGCGGUCAUUGGAGUUGACAAUGGAGAGGAGGAUGACGACGAUGGCGCAAUGAAGCGAAAAAAGAAGAAAGUCUCAAAUUCACAACAACUCGAGUAUGUUCUGAUGGAAAAUGAAGUCUAUGCAAAAUAUGCGGAAGCAAUUGCGACAGUUAAAACACCCGGAAAAGAUAGAUGGACGCUUCCUGGUAAAGUGAGUGAUUUCACAAGUGUCAUCAUAAUCAACAGGGAUAACGUUCAAAAAAUUUUGGAUGAAAUCGCCUUGUUGUUUGGUGUUUCGAAGUUUGAAGAGCAGAAUUGA